AUGUUGCAGGUUUGGGACUGUAAAUUUAGUCCUUCUGAUUUUUACAGAUCUAAGUGUGUAUGCACCAGUGUUUAUUCCGUGAUAGAUAAUAUUAAGAACACUUUAUCUGUUAAUUUGCUUUCUUUGUUUCGUCAAACUCAGUUUGGGCAUUUUCUGGAUAUGCCUGAGUUUGUUUUUCAUCCGCAAGUCGUACAUAGUUUAUUACUAAGGGAAGUUUUACAGCCCAAUCCUAAAGAGUUUUGGGCUAAGGUUGUUGGCCGUUGCAUACGGUUUAGUGCCGAAGAAUUUUACCUGAUUUCUGGUUUAGAUUGUUUCGGUGAUUGCAACAAGUUGUUGUUUUCACAGGAAACAAAUCAAUUGGUAGAAACAUGUUUCCGUGGUGUAAAAACUAUUGACCACAAAGCCAUCGAGGAUGCUUUUUUGGGUAGUCGGUGGGGUUUGGAUGAGUCUAUUGGUUUGAAAAUGGCUGUUUUGUAUUUCAUUCAGUGUUUUCUUCUUAGCAAUACUCCUGACAAAGAAGUGUCUAGGUUUGUUCUAGAUGUAGUUGAUAGCGGUCGGUGGGAUGAGUAUUGUUGGGGUAGGGAAUCAUUUGAAUUGACAAUUGACUCAUUCAAAGGUAGGAUCGAGCAUGGGAUCAUUAUGAAAAAUAGAAAGGCAGAGAAGGGAGGCCAAUAUGAUGGCUGGUAUAGGGCAUUGGGAUGUCCUUGGGUUUUCACUGUUUGGUUUUAUGAAUGCUGUCCUGCAAUGGUGAACUCUUUCUGUAAGAGAGUUUCAUCUUCUAUUCCCAGGAUUCUGAACUGGAGCAACACCAUCGUCACCAAAAAUCCAACCCUUCGAGACUUGAAGGGCAAGAUUUUUGAUUUACCUUUGGAGAAGUUGAAGAUAAAAAACAUGCGUCCUACUGAUGAAGAGAGGCAGCAGCUUCAACUUGACGGUUUAUUUCUCGAUGAAUCUAUUGAUGAACGUGGUGUAGCGAAGCAAUCCUUCGAGGGUGGGUCAUCUUCAAAGAAGUCUGAUUCAGCAGAUAUUGAUUGGAUGAAAUCUAAGCUGGAGAUGCUCAUUUCGAAUCAAUCAUCAUUGGCCGAGGACUUCAUUUCAUUGAGGUGUUUUGUUGAUUUUAAUUUCAAAUCCGUAAUGACUGUAAUUAAGGAUAUCCAAGAGAAGGUUAAUGCCAUUCAUCGUCGUCCUUCUGAUGAGGUAUUUAUUCUUAUUUUAUUGUUUAGGUUUUUUUAUAUAUAUUUUUUAAAGUUUCUUUACUGUUUUAUUUAAGUUUCAUUUAUGUUGGUUGAUACAGGGAAAGUCAUCGGAUGAAUUAGUAACUCAAGAUUCUGAUGAUGAUGAUGAUGAUGAUGAUGAUGAUGAUGAUGAUGAUGAUGAUGCCGAGGAUGAUGAGAAGCAAUUGCCUGAUCCAGAAAAUAUUGAUUCCGACUCCGACGAUGGUGGUGAGUUGGUUAAAGUUGGUGGGGAUGCUGAUGAUGUUGACAAGGCUGUUACUGCUGUUCCUUCUGCUGAUGUGAAUCCAUCUGAGGAUGUUGGAGGGAGUGAUAAAAAUGUUAAGGAUGUUGAGAAGCCGAAGGGCAAUGAGUCUCGAUUGAAGGGGGACGAUUUCUUGAUGGGUUGAGCCAGCUUGAAAUAGAUGAUGAUCAAGUUGUGUUGGCUGGCUUGGAGGCUGUUGCUAAAAUCCAUGUAAGUUUACUUUUAAUUGUUUUCAAAAAAACUAGGUUUCUUUUUGGUUGCUCAUUAGUUUCUAGUAUGUUUUGCAACUGUUUUAAUGCAUUCUUUCUUUUUUAGGUCCCCGCACCCAAUCCAGAUGUUGUUGGUGAAAAGUCAGAUGCCCUUCAUACUGAUGAAGAAACUGAGGACACUGUCUCUGAUACAACUCUGUUGGAUAAGAGGAAGCGUGCUCCGGCCUUGAAAUCUCCAUUUGUUGAUUUCGGGUCUGCUGAUGUCGGGAGCACUCCAAUGGAGCUUAUGUCCUCAGGUUCUCAAUCAGCUGGAUAUGAUAGGGAUUUCAAAAUGGUGACUUAUGUGAAGGGCCUUUAUGCUCUUAAUGAUGCUUUUGCUGAUUGCGUAUCUACUGAGAUUGAGGCAAAAUUUGACGCUUGGAUUGGUGAAGGAUUGCUUAAACAUCCUAGGUGACUGUUUUUAUUAAAUCUGUUUUUGUAUUAUGUUUUUUAUUUCAGUUUUAUUCCUUUUUUAAUGCUAUUUUUUUGCUGUUUGUUUGUUGUUGUAGGCAUUAUAAUUGUUAUGAAGACGGCGCAAAGAAAUUUACCCCGGGUUUUAGGCUAGGUGUUGAUUAUGUUGAGGAUAAAACUUGGUUUUAUCAUUUGGCCACAUGCGACAUGUUUAUGAACGACUCGGUAAAGUUUCCAAUUUAUAUUGUAGUUAUGGUAGUUUGUUUUCAGUUGCUUUAUAAAUGUUUUUUAGUUUUGAUACUGCAUUUCAGUUUUUUUACAGUUGUUCAACCUUUUCAUUUGUGUUUCUGUGUUGUUUUUUUUCUCAGCAUAUGAACACCAUAUUCUAUUACCUUCGGAAAAAAGGUAAGUAUUCUUCCGCUGUGACGUUGAAUUUCGCAACUACUGAUUGUCUUUUUGAUGAUUCCAUCCAAGCAUUGUACCACAAAUUUAACAAGGCCAAGUCAAUGAAGACUAAGAUGUCACACAUUCACGCUGCCCACCCAAUAGCGCAUUACAUCCGAGGUAUGCGCAUUCCCUGUUCCAAGCCUUGGUAUGAAGCCGAUCAUGUGCUAUUCAUCAUCAAUUUAAGAAGGGAAAGUCAUUGGGUUUUUGGGCGUCUUGACUUGAACGAAGGGACGUUGUUUCUGUACAAUUCUUUGAGGACCGCGAAGAUGAAUGCCGCAGCUAGGAAUGCGAUGAAGGCUUAUUCCGUGUUGCUGCCUUUGUUUUUCGAUUUACUUGGGUUCUGGAAGAAUAGAGCACAAGCUCCUGCCUCAGUUUCUGACCCUACAGCUCCAUUCAGAAUCGUGGAGCUUAGUGGUCUUGCGUCUCAGCAGAAGAAGUGAGUGUUUCUUUUAAGUUUCUUUUAUGUUGUUUUUUAGUUUCUAAACUGUUUACUUUUUCUUUCUGUUUUUUUAUAGUGAUUGCGGGGCAUAUGUUGCUGCCUUUGCUGAAUUCUUUAUCCACGGAAAGGAUGUCCCUGCAGACUUUGACAUCGAAGUUUAUCGUACCCGACUUGCUUCACUUUUCUUCUCGUACGGACAAAGGAAAAUUGACGAAAGCAUUGACAGCGAGGAUGAGAAGCAAAGCAAGUCUUCUAAGGCAUCUAAAUUGAAGAAAUAGGAUCUUUUAAUUUGGUGGCUCUUUUCUGUUAUUUGUUGAAUCUAUUUCCAGACAAUUUUUAGUGUUGUUGUUUCAAUGUAGGUAUUAUAUUUGAUUUUAUACUAUGUACCUGGUUUAAAACUUUUAGGAUAUUUGACAUUUACUCCUUAUAAUAUCUUUAUUGUAUAGGUUUGUAUUUCCCAAA